CUUCGCAAGUACUUAAAACGUACAUUUUCCACAGCGAGUCUCAAGCCUCGCGUUUGCUCUUAUUAUACAGUUCUUUGUAAAAUUCAGACUCGCGUAAGAACCUGCGACGUCGCUUAAAUCGCGACGACGCGACUUACAUACGGAGCAAAAGCGUGAUAUUUGACGCAGAGAAAGAGAGAGAGGGAGAGUGAGAGAGAGAGGGAGAGGAACAAGUAUACCGUGUUUUAGGUACAAAGCACAAAGUAAAAUAUGAAAGCUUUUGUUCUUGUACUGACGCUAGUCCUCGCUUCUCACUUCGUCGAUGUCGAAAGUGUAGAGGAUGACCGUGGCACAGAUUAAGAAUGCCUUGAAAGGGGUGAGGAAAGCGUGCGUCGCUAAAGUAGGAGUUAGCACAGAUCUAAUCGACGACACGCAUAAGGGCGUGUUUGCCGAGGAUAGAGCAUUGAUGUGCUAUUUAUUGUGCUGUAUGGGCAUGAUGAAGACGGUGAAAAAUGGUAGAUACAGCAGCGCCGCCGCUGCAGCCCAAGUAGAAGCCUUACUCCCGAUAGAAUUAAUCGACCGAGCAAAAGUCGUGAGCAUCGACUGUGCGGCGCAAAUGACGAGUGAGGACGAUUGCGAGGCAGCAUGGCAAUUCGCUAAAUGUGGUUUCGAAAUGGACAAAGAGGUAUACUUUUUCCCGUGACGUGCCUAAAAAUGCGUCAAUACGUCGCCGACCGAGCGAAGAGCAUAGCAUCGAUCUAAUUGUAAGGCGCUGUAGUUAUUUUGCAAGACGAUGAAGUAACGCGCUACGGAACAUACGAUGUAUUAUACGUUAUGAUUUUACGUUAUACGUAUAUAAGUUGUUUUAUAGCCCAUCUUUAUACCUAUAAGUAAUGAGAUUGUGAAUAAAUAAUUUAAAAUUAUAAGCAACACUGUAUUAUAUUGUGUAACGAAUCGAUGUAAAAAAUUUACGUAAAUCAAAGUAACUAAACGAUAGAAAUAAAUUAUUUUUCGAAUAA